AUGAAGGUGAGGGGAGAACAGCCUGUGAAUUGCCAGUGGGGUCCUUAUGGAGAGUGGUCAGAGUGUGAUGGCUGUUCAAAAACACAGAGGCGGACACGCCCCAUCCUGGUGUACGCUCAGUUUGGGGGGACACCCUGCUCCGGAGAGGCCUCACAGACACAAGCGUGUGUCACAGAGAGAGGCUGCCCCCUACAGGAGGGCUGUGGAGAAAGGUUCCGCUGUUCCUCAGGUCUGUGCAUCAGUUCAGCACUGGUCUGUAAUGGAGAUCAGGACUGUGAGGAGGACGGGUUGGAUGAGCAGAAGUGUGAGGAGUCCAGCAGCACCAACGUGUGUGACAAUCAGAGAGUCCCACCCAACAUAGAGCUCACCGGCCAAGGGUAUAACAUAGUGACAGGGAAGCUGCGGGGUGCCGUGAUCAACACUAAGAGCUUCGGCGGCCAGUGCAGGAAGGUGUUCAGCGGCGAUAACAGGUUCUAUUACAGACUGCCUCACAGCCUCCUGGGAUACACCUUCCAGGUGAGGAUUGAAAACGAUUUCAGCGACGAGUUCUACAACAGCGUCUGGUCGUAUGUGAAACACACAGAAAACCGAAAGGAUUUCAGCCAGGGCCACAGUUAUCAGACCUUUCAUGAUGAAAAUUUCAGUAAAAAGAUGAACAAGUUGCUGAUAAUAAAAAAUGAGGUGGAGGUGGCGCAGUUCCACAACAGUCCGCCGGAGUACCUCACACUGUCGGAGGAAUUCUGGAAAGCUCUGUCUACCCUCCCAGCCACGUACGACUAUGCGGAGUACCGCGCCCUCAUCGAGAGGUACGGGACACACUUCCUGUCCGAGGGAUCCCUUGGCGGCCAGUACCGGGCCCUUCUGAGCAUCGACGACGAGUCCAGCGGCCAGACGAGUUCCUCUUACAUAGACUACCACAAAUGUGUGACAACACGCCACAGCUUCCUUUUCAUCUCCUGGUCCUCAACUGAAUGCAACACUCUGAAAAACGCGCUCAAGCGGUCCAGCGGCUAUAAGGAUAACAAGAUCCACACGAGAAACAGCAUUACCGGUGGGGACCCUGCUUACAUCGCCGGACUGAAAUAUCUUGACUUACAGAACCCCAGUGCAAACUGGGAUAUGUAUAGAAAGUGGGCGGGCUCUGUGAAGGACCUCCCCACAGUCAUCAAACAGAAGCUGAGGCCACUCUACGAGCUGGUGAAGGAGGUUCCGUGCGCUGCGGUGAAGAAGCACCACCUGAAGAGGGCGAUCGAGGCGUACCUGACGGAGGAGCACCCCUGCCAUUGUAGGUCGUGCCACAACAAUGGGGAGCCCAUUCUGGAAGGGACGACGUGCACCUGCAUCUGCAGACCCGGCACCUCCGGCCCAGCCUGCGAAUACGGGACUGUCCUAGAGGAGCAGCCAGGAGUGAUCCAUGGAGGCUGGACCUGCUGGUCCGCUUGGAGUUCCUGCUCUCAAGGAAAAAGGUCAAGGACACGGACCUGCAGCAACCCGUACCCCCAGAUGGGGGGCAAGCACUGCAAUGGGGAGCCUGAGGAGAAAAAGAUGUGCCAGGAUGAGGACCUGGAACACCUGCGUGUGAUGCAACCACAUUGCUUUGAUCCAUCCCUUUCGCCGGCAAAGUCCUGCAAGACUCCUCCUCCCUUGGGAAAUGGCUUCAUCCUGGAACCCAAAGAUGUGUAUCCAGUGGGCAGCAAAAUCUUGUACUCCUGUAUAGAGGGGUACCAUCUGCUCGGAGAUGACGUGGCAGAGUGCACUGAAGACCGGACCUGGGAGAGAAAGCCAAUGGAAUGCAAGAGAACCGUAUGCUCAGCUCCGCUGCUUCCUCCUGAGAUCACGGGCUCCCCCUGGAACCUGACCUAUCAGAUUGGAGAGACGAUCACGAUGACCUGCCCGCCGGAGAGAAAGCUGGAAGGGCCAUCUGAAAUCCUGUGCGACUCAAGCCUGAACUGGUCCCCCCGGCCAGAGGAUGCCAAGUGCAUUGUAGUGCCAACGAAAGUCCCAGAUCGCACAGGCGCGCGCUGCAAACCGUGGAAAAAGCUUGUGAAGGAUCAUUGUGUCUGCAAAAUGCCCUACGAGUGCAAAUCAUCGCUGACAGUGUGUGCCACCAGCCCAGAGACGGGACAGACGAAACCACUGACUGUGUGCAAAGUUCAAACCCUUUGGUGUCUGGGUCAACCCUUCACCCUGGCCGAGGACAGCGCCUGCAAGUGGCCACAUCGUGAAACUGCACCCUGCUCGUCCUGUCAGCUGUGGGAGGCGUGUGACGAGCAAACCAGCACCUGCCGCUGCAAGGCGCCAGAGGAGUGCACAGAGCCAGGUGCGCUGGUGUGCGUCCGAACUGAAGAGGGCGCUGCUGCCCUGACGAUGUCUGAGUGCGAGGCCGGGAUCAGGAGGUGCAGGGGGGAGACUGUCUCUGUCAUAAGCGUUGAGCCCUGCAAACUGUGA